AAUUUGCUUACCAAAUGCAGUCAUAUGUCUUGCGUUUUAGCGCUGAACAACCAUAACGCGCGUGCGCAACUAUUCCGCUCUUCGUUGCUGCCACGGUCAGUGAAUGCGCCUGACACCGUUGUGACCAAGAAACAAGCGUGUGCUGUCGGGUGCUGAAUCCACGCUGUCCCAAACCGAGAUGAAAACGGAGUUGGUUGCGCAAACACGAAGUCCUACCAGUAAAAAGCUACCAUUGAAAUAUUUGGGAUGUGUUGCCUUGGUUUGGUUCAAGAACUGUAACUAUCUUUUUCCACAGCUGUGCUGAUUUACCUGUAUCUCGAGCUAGCUGAAGGGUCAGAGUUGACUGCAUGAGGAGGCAGAGUUAAGGGAACCUGGUCCUGACCUGGACCCCAACCAGUCACACUUCUAGACCAGAGGUCUGUGGUCCUCUCCUCUAGAGAUGAGGUCCAUCCGAUUGUUUGCCAAUGAUGACCGCCACGUCAUGGCAAAGCACGCCAACAUCUACCCUUCGCCAGAGGAGCUGGAGGCUGUCCAGAAGCUGGUGUCCACCGUGGAAUGUGCCCUCAAGCAGGUAUCAGACUGGAUGGACAACCUCAACGCCUCCCAAAGCAAGGUCCCGACCCCCACCACCAGCGACCCCAAGGAUGUUGAAGACUCUACCGGCAGCCGCAGCACCACAAAGCCCCAGAAUGCUUCGAUCCUGUGUGGGGUUAUGCGUGUUGGUCUUGUGGCUAAAGGCCUCCUGGUUAAAGGAGACAUGGACUUGGAGCUGGUCCUGAUGUGCAGAGACAAACCCACCAAACUACUGCUGUACACUGUCGGCACCAACCUGCCAGUGCAACUACAGACGCUGACAGAGGACAAGUAUGAGGUGCGGCCGAGUGUGUCGGAGUCAGCCAUCCAGGUGGUCAACACCAACAACCCCAAAUUCACCCUGAAGAUUACCCUGUCCUCUCUGGCCAUGAGAGAAAAACACACUGCCACAGAAGAAGAGGAAGGCGUGGGGGAACUUGAGGUGCUGGACGAGCGGCGGUGCCAGGCCGCACUGGCAACACUCAGACACACCAAAUGGUUCCAGUCCAGAGUGACAGAUCUGAAGUCGUGUGUCAUCGUCAUGCGUAUUCUCAGAGACAUGUGCAACAGACUAAUUGUGUGGGAGCCUCUCAAAGGAUGGCCCAUGGAGCUGAUCUGUGAGAAAUCCAUUGCCACCUGCAACCGGCCCCUGGGGCCCGGAGAGGCCCUGCGCAGGGUCAUGGAGUGCAUUGCCUCAGGGAUCCUCCUCCCAGAUGGGCCGGGAGUUCACGACCCCUGUGAGAGAGAGCCAACAGACACCUUGUCAGUGAUCACUGGCCAACAGGCUGAGGCUAUCACUCAAAACGCACAGCAUGCCCUACGUCUCCUGGCCUUCGGACAGCUUUAUAAGGUUCUGAAUAUGAAUCCUCUCCCUCCAACCAAACCCUCACACAGACUCUCAGGGUCAGACAAAAAAGGAACCUGCCGGAAAAGGCAGCAUGAAGAUGAACACACUAACGACAGACAACUCUUCAAGAAGAUGAAAUGCAACCUGAUGGGAGUUCUGGACAGUAAGAUGAUGGACCCCAACCACCCCAUGAAUGCCCUGAUGAGACUGAACCAGGUCCACCCGGGGCUGCAUUAUAAGCUGUUGUCCCAGUCUGGCCCGGUCCACACUCCAGUCUUUACCAUGUCUGUGGACGUACAGGGCACUGUCCAUGAGGCCUCUGGCUGUUCCAAGAAGACUGCCAAACUCAAAGUAGCACUUAAGGUCCUACAGGCUCUUGGUUACCCAGCUGGCUUCGAAGUGGACCUGGACUCCCUGAGUGCCGAUGAGAGGUCUGACAGUGAGGGACGCAACCACAGAAGUGAGAGAAAUGACAGAAUGUCCACCAGCUCCAGAAGCAACUCUGUCACCUCCACAGACACAUGUGAGUCCCGCAUCCCAGGCCCUCUCCUCACGCCAGGGGGCAAGAACCCAGUGAUGGAGCUGAACGAGAAACGCAGAGGCCUGAAGUAUGAACUCUUAUCAGAGACUGGCGGCAGCUACGACAAACGCUUCAUCAUAGAGGUGGAAGUUGAUAAACAGAAGUUCAGAGGCUCUGGGCCCAAUAAGAAAGCAGCGAAGGCUAGUGCUGCCCUCGCUGCUCUGAAGAGACUCUUCUCUGACUCAAAAGACCCCCACAACAAGACGAGGGGGCCCAGGACACCGGUGAAGAGAACUGUGUCGUCAACCGUGUCUAUCCCAGUCCAUGCCCACAGCAGGCCUAGAACCAGGCCAGUGAUGCACAGAGCACCUUAUAACAGCGCUCCACCUACCCAUGGGUACCUCCCACCAGGCUAUGGAGCUCCAUUUGGCUAUGGUUCUGCAGCUCCCUUCCCUGCCUAUGGUGGUUUGUACAUUGACAGUGCCUUUUACCAGCCACAGACAAUUGCCACUCCUAUUAUCAUUCACCUGGGUCCUCAGGAUUUCUUCUGAUCUCGCAGCCAGUGGGGGAUGACUUGACAUUUUGAAACUUCCCGUUUCCUGUCUGACCAGGCUUUAUCUACCUUACUAAGGCUGUCCAAAUUCUCCACCCUUUUCACGUAUUGUGCAAGUGCACACAAGGGUAGAGAAUCAGGACCCAUCUCUCUGAGCAGACAUCAAUCCAAGAAUGAGAAGAAGCACAACAUUGUCAGGGUUGGAACUUUCCAGUGUGUUGCAAUACUUGACAAUCUUUUAUAUCUACUUGAAAUAGUGGAAAUGUGCUGUUUUGGAAUGGACGUUGCAUAACACUGCAAUAUUCGUGUGAUAUAAACUCA